CCAAAAUCCAACAUAUCUGAAGUUCCAGAUCUUGAGGAUCAGUACAGGAAUGUGAUGAAGGAAUUUGCAUUGAAGUUGGAGAAAUUAGCAGAGCAGCUCCUAGACUUGCUCUGUGAGAAUCUUGGACUUGAACAAGGGUACCUCAAGAAGGCCUUCUAUGGCACAAAUGGACCAACUUUUGGCACCAAGGUUAGCAACUACCCUCCUUGUCCCAACCCUGAGCUGAUCAAGGGUCUCCGGGCUCACACCGAUGCCGGUGGCCUCAUCCUGCUCUUCCAGGAUGACAAGGUCAGUGGUCUGCAGCUCCUUAAAGAUGGCCAAUGGAUUGACGUGCCCCCCAUGCGCCACUCCAUUGUUAUCAACCUUGGUGACCAAAUUGAGGUGAUCACUAAUGGGAAGUACAAGAGUGUGGAGCACAGAGUGAUUGCCCAAACUGAUGGCACCAGAAUGUCAAUAGCUUCCUUCUACAACCCUGGCAGUGAUGCUGUCAUCUACCCUGCACCAACACUGGUGGAGAAGGAAGCAGAGGAGAAGAAUCAAGUGUACCCAAAAUUCGUGUUCGAAGACUACAUGAAGCUCUAUGCUGGCGUCAAGUUCCAGCCCAAGGAGCCAAGAUUUGAAGCCAUGAAAGCAGUGGAAACCAAUAUCAGUUUGGGUCCAAUUGCAACAGCUUAAGAGAAACUAAGUUUUACUAGGAAACUGGAAAGGGUUGUUUGAUUAAAGUAAUUAUGUGUGUGGCCAAAGUCUUUUAUUGUCUCUUUAAAAAUUCAGUUAAAUUACUAUUGUGGGUAUCAGUCUGUGGUUUGUAGAAACUAAAUUUAUAGUAAAUAAUACGACUUGAGAAUUUGUUAGUUUGCUA